AUGUUGGAUACAUUUGAAAUCCUCACCACUUCCGGGGUCGUCCUCUGGUCGCGAACCUAUGCGCCGGUCAACCCGUCCGUUAUCAAUAACUUCAUUUCCGACGUUUUUAUCGAAGAAAAGGGCGCUGUGGCCGGCGCAAGGAAUAGUCAACCCGCAGCCAGCAAUCCAUCAUACAAGGCCGAUCAGCAUACCUUGAAGUGGACGUUUGUGAAGGAGUUAGGCGUGAUCUUUGUUGCUGUCUACCGGUCCCUACUGCACCUCUCGUGGAUCGACAAGCUUGUUGAUAAUUUAAAGACUAUAUUCAUUGACUUAUAUGCUGAUCAAUUGAAGAAGCCCAAUACUACCAUCGUGGAAUGUCGCAAAUUCGACGAAUACUUUGACCAGCAAUACCGAGAACUCGAGUCAAGCGGGUCUACCAACAGCGCACGACCGGCUGCUGUUACUUCUCUAUUAGAAGAGAAUUUCAUAUCAGGAAAUACUAGAGAUGAACCCCCUCUUCCACCGGGUCUCAAGCAUAGAGGCAAAACGCAGAACAAUCCCUACGAGCGUCCAUCUACUGCUGAAUCUACCCCGAAUACUUCCCGGCCUUCUACCCCUAGCGGAAAUCAUCUAGUAGUAGCAAAGGGCGGUCCUAUAGGGAAGAUGUCAAGAAGAGCCAGAAAGAUGAGAAACAGUUCCGCCCCCAUCUCCUCCGGUGAUGAGGGACCAGCAAGGAAAGCAAAGAAAGCACCCAAGAAAGGUCGUAAGUGGGAUGCCGAUGGCUUUGCCGACGAAGAAGAUGAUAGCCUACAACUGGAUUACUCGGCAACCCAGAAUACUUUAACAAGCGAUAGUGAAGUAGAUGCAGCUGCUCGGUCGACGGCUGGAGAGGGGGUGGACUCAUCUUCAUGGGGAACGAAGACUUCUAAGGGACAGUUCGUGCUGAAAGACUUGGAUGAUGAAGUACAUUCCAUUUUGGAGUCGGCCGAGGCGAAGAAUACUUCAAAGCGAGAAACGAAAGGUGGCUUAGUUGGAACUGGGUUGAACACAAUCAGCAGCCUUUUCCGCAACGUGGUGGGCGGUAAGACAUUGACGAAAGAAGACCUCGACAAAGCUAUGAAAGGGAUGGAAGACCAUUUACUACGGAAGAAUGUUGCUCGUGAAGCAGCUAUACGGCUUUGUGAGGGUGUUGAGAAGGAGCUUCUUGGUGUGAAGACGGGCAGCUUCGAGAGCAUCGAUGCACGCAUCGCUAAGGCCAUAGAAGCCUCACUCACUAAAAUGCUUACACCUACCUCAUCGUUAGAUCUCUUGCGCGAGAUAGACUCUGUCAUCAAGCCCCCUAUGACAUCAAUGCGAAAGCCGAGACCCUACGUUAUCUCUAUAGUUGGAGUCAACGGAGUUGGCAAGUCGACUAAUUUGUCUAAGAUUUGCUACUUCCUGCUGCAAAAUAAAUACAAAGUACUAAUUGCAGCUGGAGAUACCUUCCGAUCAGGAGCUGUAGAGCAACUAAAGGUCCAUGUGCGGAAUUUGAAGGAGCUGACCGAACGUGAAGGUGGUAAGGUGGAAAUUUUUGAAAAGGGGUAUGGUGGCGAUGCUGCCACGGUCGCCAAGGAUGCCGUGAGAGAGGCUGCCAACGAAGGGUUCGACGUCGUACUCAUCGACACAGCUGGACGGCGACACAACGAUCAGAGGUUGAUGUCGUCGCUAGAAAAGUUUGCCAAAUUCGCUCAGCCCGACAAGAUUCUAAUGGUUGGCGAGGCACUAGUAGGAACAGACUCGGUCGCUCAAGCAAGGAAUUUUAACUCGUCCUUCGGUCCUGGCCGAACGCUAGACGGAUUCAUCAUCUCCAAAUGCGAUACAGUCGGCGACAUGGUGGGAACUUUGGUCAGCAUUGUCCAUGCUACGAACGUGCCUGUCUUGUUUGUUGGUGUUGGACAACAUUAUUCAGAUAUCAGGAACUUUUCCGUGAAAUGGGCAGUGGAAAAGCUGUUGAGUAAUAGUUAA